AUGUCGAAUGAAACAGCGUCUAUGAGAGAAAUACAACACAACCGACAACUCAUUAUACAAGCUCUAAAUAAGAACACAACAAACUUUUCAAACUAUUUUAAGAUAUCUGAGUCAUUGAAAGAAGGAAACUUAAAACUGACAUUAAACCCAUUGACAGAUGAGUUUCUAUUUCAAGACAAGAAGAACAAUACUGUCUGUAUAAAUCCAACAAAAGGAACUUUAAACGAGAAACCUAUAAAAGAACUUCUUUUGAAAGCAGAUGUUGACAACAAAGCUGACAAAGAGUAUGUAGAUGCAACAAAAGACUAUAUUCUCGCAUGGACAGAAAGAACAUACCCACAAAAACAUCAUACACAUAACAUCUAUGACGUAGAUGAACUUCAAGAAAAGUUAGAUGACAAAGCUGACAAAGAAUAUGUAGAUGCAACAAAAGACUAUAUUUUCGCAUGGACAGAAAGAACAUACCCACAAAAACAUCAUACACAUAACAUCUAUGACGUAGAUGAACUUCAAGAAAAGUUAGAUGACAAAGCUGACAAGAACCAUACACAUACAAGUUUUACAACUUUUAGAGCAGAUGAUAUUACACUAAACUUUGACCUUGGUUCAAGUGCACCUUCAGAGAAUCCGAGUACAAGCGUAAAAGAUACUCUUAACAAUUUAGAUAAGAGUUGCAGGAAUAUCGAAGAGCAUGCCAGAAACUUUGAAGCAUAUGAACUACCAACAAAGUUAGAUAAGAAAGCUGACAAAACAGAGCUUCAAACAUUAAAGACAGAAAUACCUCAAACAUUAUAUCCUAUAGGUUCUAUUUAUACGUCAAUGAACUCUACCAGACCAGAAGUAGUACUUGGUUUUGGAACUUGGACUCAAAUAGUCGACAGGUUUUUGUAUUGUGCAAACUCUUCAAAGGAAACAGGUGGAAGUAAAACGAUUUCAGGUGCAAAUUUACCUGCACACAGUCACUACAUAAAUUUAAGUACAUCUCAAGAAGGUGGGCAUAGGCAUAAAUAUUGGGGUUGGUCAGGAAUGACAAAAGGUAAAGGAUAUGAUGUUAAAGAGGACGUUAAGUUUGCUAUAAAUGGUUACUGGGAUGACACUUGGGGAGAAGGAGACCAUACACAUCGCGUUUCAGGGUAUACGCAAACAACGGGACAAAGUAAAGACUACAUGCCACCUUACAUGACAGUUUACGCAUGGUAUAGAAAUGCUUAG